CCCGUCGAGGCAGAAACGUCUAGCUCUGCGUCUUGCUCCAUUGAUGUGGUCAGUACUAUAAAUACCAGACAGACUAUCGAUGAUUUAGGACACCUAAAUUCAGGUCCUAUUCAGCCAAAAAUGAAGUUUCCUUUGAGCAAGUUUGGAGUGCAAAACCGGAGCUUCAGUGAAUCAUACUAUAACAAAUUUGAAUGGGUUGAAUAUAGUGUUUCUGAAGAUGCCAUAUUUUGUUAUGCAUGCCGAAUUUUUGGGACAGGCUCAGUAGAACCUUCAUUUACAUCAAUAGGAUUCAGAAAUUGGAAAAAAGUAAGUAUUUUAUAAAAUAUUAUUUAGUCAUAUUUUUAUGCAAAU